AUGGCACCUCCCUUCACCCAGCCUCAUAUCGAGACUUUGCCGAGGCGCGUCCGUGUUUUGUUUGCAGGACAAUAUAUUGUCGACACGAAGAAAGCAAAACUUGUGUGGCUGAAGCCCAAUUACCCCACCUUUUUCUUUGACUCUGCGGAUGUUCCGCAGAAAUAUCUUUCCCGGGCAUCUAUAUCGGGUGAACUACAGCAAUACGAUAUAGUUGUGGGCAGCCGCAAGGCAGAGGCCGCCGCAACGGAAUACCUCGACGGUGAUCUGAAAGGAUUGAUCACGAUCUCCUUCAGCUCCAUGGAUGCCUGGUUCGAGGAGGAUGAACAGGUGUUCGUGCAUCCGAAGGAUCCAUACAAGCGAGUUGAUGUUCUUCAAUCAUCUCGUCAUGUUCGCGUCGAAGUCAAUGGCGUUGAAUUGGCAAACACUACGAAGCCUCGACUGCUCUUCGAGACCGGACUCCCGGUCAGAACCUAUAUUCCAAAGACUGACUGUAGGGUGGACCUGCUCAAGCCUUCGCAGCUGACGACAGAAUGCCCAUACAAGGGUGUUGCAAAUUACUAUAACGUUUCCAUUUCUAGUGGGGAGACUUUUGAGAACAUUGUGUGGUGGUACCGCGUCCCACAACCCGAAUGCGUUGAUAUCAAGGGUUUCGUCGCGUUCUACGACGAAAAGGUCGAUGUUUGGGUCGAUGGCGAGCUUCAGCCUCGCCCACGCUCACCAUGGUCGUAA